AUGACUCGCAAACAUGUUGCAGCGGACAGGGACAAAGAGGUGUACCCCGAAACGGAGGCUUGGUCUUCUCAGUGGCUUUGCACAUUUUCGGUCGUCAUGUUUGCCAUCGCUUUCGCCCUCUCGGGCCAGAUGUUUCCGAGGUUUGUGGCCAGCCAGUGCACUUCGGAGAAAGGCAUGUGCACGCUGGGAACCCGUCACUUGCGUGCCAUGUCGACUCCUACUGUUGGUGAUGUUCAGCGACAGAUGCCAAAACCAGAUCAGAUGAAAAAUGUGGUCAAGUACAAAGGGCCAAGCAGCAACCAGGCAGUUUUGAAGCAAGCGGCUACGAACUCCGAGCUACAGAAAGCUGUGGAGGCAGGAGAUGCGGAGAUGAUGAAGGCAAUUCUUCGGUAUGGCUCAGUCAAGCGUUGUGUGAAUGUCAAUGCCCCUCUUUGGCCAAAGAGAGAACGCUUGCUGCAUUUGGCUGCGCAAAGAGGAUUCCGAGAUGUUUGCAUUCUUCUGCUUGAGGCGAAAGCAGAGAUCGAUGCCGAAGAAAUCUGUGAUGGUAAGCAUCCCAUUCACGAAGCUUGCAAGCACGGACACUAUGACGUUUGCGAGCUGCUUUUGGACCGUAAGGCUCACAUUGAAGAAGCUACAUUCACAGGAAUGCGACCUUUGCAUUGGGCUGCAUCGGAGGGUCAUGCUGACAUUUGCGACAUGUUGUUGGAUAGGAAGGCCGUUCUUUAUUCUACGUCUGGAGAUACCCGAGAAGCUAUACAUCACGCAGCUGCCAACGGCCAUGCUCAUGUCAUCGAAACCUUGUGCAGGCGGGGUGCCAGGCCUGAUGUCGAAGCCGGUGGUCACCGACCUUUACACCUUGCCGGCCUAAAUGGGCACUGUGGUCAUCUGGCGGUGGUGAAAGCAUUGCUGGAUUACGGUGCGUUAAGCUCGCUUGAGGACUUCGGUUCUAACGGAACCCUGAGGCGAUGCCGGGGCACUGACAUAGAGGCUUUGGUUCGUCGCAUCGGGCAGCUCCACCUUCAAAUAGAUGAAGCAGAAGAGAUGGAUGACAUUGGACAGCAUGAAGAAGCAAGAGAAGUUUACACUGAGGUGUUGACAAGUUUCGAGGAACUUGGCAUGAUCCGAUCAGCCGAAUCUCUGCGAGCCAGCAUGCCUGGGGCUUGCACGUGUCCCUUCCCUCUCAUGAAGCUGGACCUAGUGACGCAGGAUGGAUUGGCGUGCGCUCAGUGUGUUGAGGAGUUCUGCCCGGCAGUAUCUGGAGACGCUUCCACUUGCUCGGAAUCUGCCUGCGAGUGUGAAGAUCCUUCCUGGCCCAGGAUAGAUGUCGGAUCAGACAGACCUUGUUGGCAGUGCGUUCGCCCGCAUGUAGACAUGACCCUCCGGUCAGCAGGUUCGGAUGAGACCUGUCUUCACGUAGUCGAGGAAGCUGAUGGUAUGCAGCUUGCAAGCUCGAAUUCAAGCUCUUGUACAGUCUUUCGCUUCAACGGCGCUUCAAUCUUGGCCAAGGCACACAACAGCUGCCUUUCGUGGGCAGACACCUGGAAGCUGGUGCCUUGUGCGUCCAAAUCCCUCAAGUUUGCGCAGCGCACGCUGCCGAAGGAGGAGGCACCUGCGAGUUGUGUGUCUCCGAAGGAGGCUACAAUCAUGGUUUCCCACUCUCUCACAUUCCCUUGA